ACGGAUGCACAUACGUGCAUACGCAUAUGCACGUAUGCGGAGACCGCGUACGUGUACACCGUGCUACCCAGAUACUAUAAGAAGUGUGAGUACGAUAUCGUCAUCCUUUUACGGUUCGCCCGGUCCUGCUGAUGAGGUACUGGACGAUGGGUUUGCGAAGAAAGCGGCGAAGGAACAGAGGAAAGCCGAUAAGAAAGAAGCAGAGGAGCGAUCAGCAAUCGGACGUGUUGAAGCCGAACUCAAGAAGACAAGGAAUGAAGAAAAAGCACACAAGGAGGCGGAGAGAAAGAAGGAGAUCCACAAGUGUUUGGACAUCAAGAUGGUUGUGCGAGUAAGAGAGCACUGUGAAGAGGUUCGAGAGGGUGUCAAACAAGAAAUUCGGGAUGCGAUCGGAGAGUUGUGCAAGGUAGUGGCACGUGGCAAGAAAAAGGUAGCUCCAUCGGAAGCAACACCGGAGAGCAGUGCUAGCAGCAACGAGACCAAGGAACUUAAUCUGCGUACGUGCAAUUUAUGCCUCACGGAGAAGAGAAAAAGGGGUCCGAAAUCGGUUAUCGAAGGCAGUCCGCCUAUGGAGCUAGCGUCGAAACGCACGCCUCGACGAGCUGCGAGAUCAACCGGACAUGCUGGGAGAAUAAUGAGAGUUAGGAAUAAGGCGAUGAAGGCACCGACUCCUAAGAAGACCCCGCCCUCCAUUCGAACGAAGACUCCAGUAGCUACUGGGUUAGUUGGAAGAUUGAGAUUCGAGAAGAAGGUGAUGAACGACUUGAAAUGCUUGGAUGCUCUGGUGUUGCAGAACAUUUGCAAAGACGAAGGGAUACCAUACAAUGGUAAGUUCGAAUCUAUCUUCGAUAUUGCGGCACACCGUACGUGCGUCACUUACGAGACUGAUGAUGAAGAUGAAGAUACAUCUCAAGAAGAAGAUACUGAGGAAACUGCCGAAGACGAGGAAAAGACAACUAAGGAAUGAUGUGGCUCCAAUAUUGUCGAUUUGUGGAGUAUCGUAAACUGCCUUACCAGGAUUCGAACCUUCAUAGAUGGGGUGGAUAAUAGAAUUGAGCAACUGCUUCGAUUAGCGAUAGUCAAUCUGUCGUUGUUUGGCAUUCUCCGAUGGACACGAAAGUGUGUUGAAGCUUGGAUACGCCUGUUUGAUUUGUUUGGCACUAAAUUCGUCAAUCUGACAUCUAGCGUGUAUGUAGCUUUGUCUCCUGACUGCAAGUCACAGUACAUUGGUAACUCUUCGAGACACCUUGACGUACGUUGGCGGGAAAAUAUUUAUGAGGGUCGUACGAGAUCACCUGACCAUUUUUACUGAUGGUUGGGGGCUUUUGGAGUAAAGAACUAUGUCCUCA